GCCUCUAUUCUAUACAGGGCCAGGCACGUUUAACAUCUGCCCUGUGCCUGACACUGUGCUAGGUGCUGGGGCUGCAGCCAAACGCACGGACAGGAUGGAUCUGGUCCUGGCCCUCUGAUACUGAGCACGGUCGUUGGAAACAAGAGGAUCACCAGAGGAAGGAUGUGAUGAUCAUGGCACCUGCAUUACUGAUUCUGUUGUGGGCUAUGGUGAUACCGAGAGCAGACUUACUUCCUGAUAAAAAAUCUUUACUUCUCCCACCUGUCAACUUCACCAUCAAAGUUACUGGUCUAGCCCAAGUUCUUUUACGCUGGGAACCAAAUCCUGAUCAAGAGCCAAAGGAUGUCGAGCUAGGGUAUCACGUGAGAAUAAACGCUCCACAAGAAGAUGAUUAUGAAACCAGAAACACUGAAAGCAAAUGCGUCACCGUUCUUCAUCAAGGCUUUUCAGCAAGUGUGCAGACCAUCCCAUGGAAUGGCCACUCCCUGCUGGCAAGCAACUGGGUUUCUGCUGAGCUUAAAGCCCCACCGGGGUCUCCUGGAACCUCAGUUGUGAAUUUAACGUGUACUACGAACACCACAUUAAAUAACUAUAAUCCCUUAAGGCCAUACCAAGUUUCUCUUUACUGUACCUGGCUCGUUGGCAAGGAUGCCCCUGAGGAUACGCAGUAUUUCCUCUACUACAGGUAUGGCUCCUCGACCGAAGAAUGCCAGGAGUAUAGGAAAGACACGCUGAAGAGAAAUAUUGCAUGCUGGUUUCCGAGGACUUUUAUCAGUGGCAGAGGGAGUGACUCCCUGGCAGUGCAUACUAACGGCUCAAGCAAGCAUGCUACAAUCAAGCCUUUUGAUCAGCUGUUUGCUCUGCAUGCAACUGAUCGAGUUAAUCCUCCAGUGAAUGUCACAGCAGAGAUUGAAGGAACCCGUCUUUCUAUUCAGUGGGAGAAACCCAUUUCUGCUUUUCCAAAUCAUUGCUUUGAAUAUGAAGUGAAGAUUUACAACACAAGGAAAAAUUAUUUUCAGACAGAAAAAAUGACGACGAAUACAUUCAUCUCGAUAAUUGAUGAUAUUUCUAAGUAUUCCGUUCAAGUGAGAGCAGCAGUGAGUUCUGUGUGCAGACAGAUGGGGUUUUGGAGUGAGUGGAGCCAACCUGUAUAUGUGGGAAAUGAUGAUCAGAAGCCCUCCACAGAAUGGUUUCUCAUCGUGCUUAUGGCAACCAUCUGCUUCAUUGUGUUAAUUUUCACCCUCAUCUGUAAAAUAGGUCACUUAUGGACCAGGCUGUUUCCACCGGUUCCGGCACCAAAAAAUAGUAUUAAAGAUUUCUUUCUAAUAGUCAGCCCUGAGAGAACUGUUUCCAGUGAAACAGAAAUUGAAGUCAUAAGUUAUGUGGAAGAGCCUGGACUUGAGACCCUGGAAGAUUCCGUGUUUUGACUGGCACUGUAACAGUCUCAAAAAUGAACUCACACUCACAUGCCUCAGUGAUAAGAAGAACGGGAACUGUUGUUUCUUGGCUAACAAGAGUUCCGAUUUUACUGAACACUCAGUUUAGCUGCAAGGCAAUACAGCCAGACAAAUUUCUUAAAAGCGUGGAUGGCUCUUCAAAAACUCCUUGCUCACUCAGGGCGAUUGAUCAAUCUGACCAUUCUGCCAUGUCUUUUCUUCCCACUCUGCAGGGUACCAACUCCUCACCCGCGAAUCUUUGUGAUUUACAUUACUUGCCUGAAACUUUGUGCAAGAGACGGUUUUUAAGGCUGAUGUCAACUGGCAGAGCCCGUUUUAUAGCUGAAGCUGCCAAUGGUAAUACUCAGCUGAAAUAUCAGCAAGAAAGCAUUUUGCACCAGCGUGGAGUUCAUUAUGAACUUAGAUUUGAGGCUCUUUCCUAGAACAAGUGGGAGCCAUGGUGCUUUUUUUUCCCCCCUGAGUUCUAGAAUACCUUUUCUUUCAAGUAGUGUCUGGGGGGUGGGCGGGCUAUGAUUUAGGAAGGGCGACUUGAGGCAAACACAUUACAAAUGUGAAGAGCUAAUACAUCACUCCAUACCAAAGCAGAGAAUAGGGUUUUAUAUUUGGGAUUAUAUUCUUGAAGGCAGCCUUGAUAUUUGGGAAUAUACGGAGAAAGGCAUUAGGUAGAAUUGGGUUGGGAAGGGGAUUGCUCAAUCAAGAAUGACCUUUCCGGAGAGAUGUUGGCUUGCACAUAUUUUGGAGCAACUUGUCAGGUGCUGGUCAAGUAGCUCUGGGUCAAUCCUACAAGCAUCCCAUCAAACAUCCCAAUCUAGACAUCCUCUCGACAUCCUCCUAUAUGAGUCUGCAUCUAGAUUGGAGGCCUUCUUGAUGGGCGAUGGGCUAUAGGUAGAACCAAGUACAUACAGGUGCGUCUGGGGGAGAGAGGAGGUAGGAGGAACAGAACUCGGAAGGACCCCAACAGUGCUGAUGGUACCUGGGCCUGGAGUAGGAAGCUUAGGACAGGGAAAGGAGGUCACAGUGUUCCAAACCCCCUGUAUGGCAGCACACAGUUUCCAAGUAUUAUGGACUGAAUGUUUGUGCCCAUCCCCCUCCAAUUCAUGUUGAAACUCCAUACCCCAAUGUGAUGGUAUUAGGAGGUGGGGGUCUUUGAGUGGUGAUUAGAUCAUUGAGGGUGGAGCCCUCAUGAAGGGAAUUAGUGCUCUUUAAAAGGGACCCUAAGGGGUUUUCUUUCCUCUAUGUAAAGAUAGGAGAAGUUGGCAUUCUGCAACGAGUACAAGGG